AUGGCCAUUUCCCACCUGUCCCAAGCCAUGUCGGUUUUGCUGGAUGAAAUUGCAGGAAACCUGCCUGUUCAAGACAUGGAUCAGAAGCCUUCAGUACUAGCAGCCCUUCAAGGAUCAGACUUGUUAGCAAAGACUCGGCACCAGAUCAACCAAGCGAGCCGUGCGGAGUUGGCUGGCAGUUUUCUACGACUUCGUAAUGAACAUUUGCUGCUCAAAGAGCUCACUCAAAAGCAGAGGAACAAGAUCAAAAGGAUGGGCACCAAACUAUCAAGACUGAGUCAUGAGCGAACACAACAGGAGACCCGGAACAGGAGACCCAGAAACUUCAUUCAAAAAUCUGUGCAGAAUCUGGACUUAGAGGAAGGCCUAGAAGACAUGCAGGAACGGGUUUGGGAGUUGGAACAUCUCAACCAGCGUUUGAGGAGUCACCUGUUCUUCUACAAGCAACAGCUACAGCUGCAGGGUUGUAGCCGUCACUGUCCCUAUGGCCACAUCACAGCCAAAGUCAACACAGGCUUUCGUAGACCGCAUACCUCUCCUAGACAGGGGCCCAAGAAGUCACCAAAAGAGAUGCAGGUAUCAACCAUGACAGUCCAGACAACCUCUCCCAGAUAUGCAGAUGAUGUUCUGGAAAGGUUCCAAGCAGAAACCGAAAGACUGUCCCACAGUCUGGUGCUGGCUGAGUUAGACAAGGAUCAUGAAUUGCUGAGUUUCACACCUGAUAAAGAUAUUGAUCUGGAAUACAUUCAACCUCAGAAAAGCUAUCUAAACUUGCAGGAAUACCGAGCUGCCAUCCAGAAGAACGUGGAGCUGAUUCGGCUGCAGAAGCUGUUAUGGGAGAAGAAUUCAGAACUGGUGAUCUCCAAAGCUCAGAUUACUGUCUUGCAUGAGAACCAAGAGGCGUUGAGGUCAGCUAGUGAAGCCUUGCUGGCUCAGCUGGAUGAUCUGAAUGCCAACCUCAAGGAGAAGACCCAGAAGGUGGCCGUGCUGGAAAGCCAACUGGAAAUCCUUUUACCCUUGCGGGGAACACUGGAAGAGUUCCAGGAAAGAAUCCAAGAUUUGGAAGCAGAGCGAGAUUCAUUAAAGAUGGAUUAUGACCGACUAUUGGACAGUUGCAUCAAUGCUGCUCCACAAAAUCCAGACCAGGUGCCCCAAAAGGACAAUGCUCCUUCUUUGGAAGAUCAACUCAACUCAGCCAUGGUAGAGAAGGGGAUUCUAGAAGAGCAGCUAAAAAAGGAACAAGCUCAGAAUGAUGCGCUGAAACAGGAAGUCAACUCUUUUCAGGAGAGGCUGGCCAUCUUGGAAAACCAGGCGCCAGAAGAACCGCCUCAGUCCAACGCAACUCAGGAUAGCCUCAAGCGACAACUUCAUGAGGCUGAGGCUGCACAUGCAGAGACAGUGCUAGAACUGGAGAAGACACGCAACAUGGUCAUUUUGCAGCAUCGCAUUAAUCGGGAUUAUCAGGUGGAAUUAGAGAAGGUGCUGACGCAGUCCAGACAGGAGAAACAGGAGCAUGAGGAUCAGCAAAAUCAGAUGGACCAGCUUCUGGACCUGCACAAUGCUCACAUUCAUCAACUUGAAGAGAAGUUGAAGGAUGUGGCAUAUGGAACAAGAGCUGUCCGACUUCGGCCACCCGACAGUGACGUUGAUGAUGAAGGAGUCCCUAGCAAGGUUCUGAAAUUACAACACGGCGAGAAGCUCUUUGAGUUGCACAUCUCUGGAGCAAUUCUGUCGGCUGAGGCCGUCCAACUUCUGGGAGACCCCGAACUUCUCACCUUUUGCACCUAUGCCUUCUAUGACUUUGAGACCCACUGUACACCUCUGGCCCACGGCAUUCGGCCCCACUACAACUUCACUUCCCAAUAUGUGGUCCAGGUUGACUCUUUCUUCAUGCAGUACUUGCAAGGAGCCACUUCUCGCCUGGAUCUCCACGUGGCCUCUGCUGUUGACCACACCACCCUGGCCUCCUGCUGGUUGCAUUUUGGCCAAGUGCUGGACAGCGCAGAGCAAGUUCGUUGCACAGCAGUCUUGCGUGGUCCCAAGGGUGAGGAUUAUGGUCUUUUGGAAUACGGGAUGAGACUUCACUUUCCAUUCAAGCAGAUUUCACAGCUGCCCCGCCAUCAAAGUCAAACAUAUCUUUCUGCUGGAGCAGGAACUCAGAUUGUAGCCCGGCCGAGCUGGCAACCACAAGGCGACAGAAAGACCAAAGGCGUAAACUGGAACGAGCUGUGCAUCCAGAUCAAGAGCUGUGCUAAUUUGAGAAGCCGUUGGAUUGGCUCCCAGCCCAGCCCAUAUGCCGUGUACCAGUUCUUCACUUUCCCGGAUCACGACACACCCAUCAUCCCGUCCAGCAACAACCCUGACUUUGAAGAUGUGAAGAUGUUUACUCUGCACAUCACUCCUGAGCUGCACCAUUAUUUGCUUGUGGAGAAUUUGUGGGUCUAUGUUUUUGACGAUGAGCAAGAGGAACCUGGAAGCUAUUUGGGCAAAGCCCAGAUCCCACUAGUACCAUUAGCGCAUGGGCAUAGCAUCAAAG